AUGGCGUACAACGGUUAUAAUGGCUAUGGUGAAGAGAUGGAUGGUGUCGAGACUUCCGGGCCCAAAGUGACCGUGAGAGAAGUCGAGCAAGAUCGCUGCGACUUUGUUUUGCAAUCAUGUUCCCUUGCCCUGGCCAAUUCCUUGCGUCGCGCCAUGCUCGCUGAAAUCCCAACAAUCGCCAUCGAUCUUGUCGACAUUACCACAAAUUCCUCAGUUCUGCCGGACGAGUACCUAGCGCAUAGACUAGGUUUAGUGCCUCUUUUCAGCAAGGGCGUGGCGGAAAAAUUGAGAUACACCAGAGAGUGCGACUGUGAUGACCAUUGCGAAUACUGUUCUGUCGAGCUGAAGCUCCAUGUCAAGUGUACAAGACCGGGCACUAUGAUGGUCUAUGCUCGCGAUCUCACCGUCGUACCUACCAUGCGUCCCGAUGGCAUGCCAGCUUCUCUACGUUCCGAUGGUAUUGGCUCGCCAGUCAUCCGAGAUGGCAAUGGUGACGGUCCCCUGAUAGCCAAAUUGAGACAAGGCCAGGAGAUCGAGCUAAAAUGCAUAGCAAAAAAGGGCAUUGCGAAAGAACACGCGAAGUGGGCGCCAACUUCAGCCUUGGGGUUUGAGUACGACCCGAACAACAAGUUACGACAUGUGGACUACUGGUACGAGACCGAUGCGAAGGAAGAGUGGCCUGUCGACCAACGCAAUGCCAACUGGGAAGGUGACGACACAGCUGCUGAUGCUGCCUUCGACCCCGAUGCAGUUCCAAGUGCUUUCUUCGUGGAUGUCGAGGGCGUCGGUACUCUUGAGCCUGUGGACAUUGUAAGGGAGGGCAUCAAGGUGUUGCAGAACAAACUCGCAGACACAGUCAGAGUGCUGGAUGGUGUUGGACCCGAAGUCAAUGGCAUGAACGGCGCACAAAGUCCAGAUGGGUACGAACCUGCACCAGCUAAUGGAGGUUAUGGUGCGUAUGGUGCGCUGCGUCCAGGCGAAGCUCCUUACGGCGCAACUCCAUACGGUGGAGGAUACGGAUCUUACUAG